ACUCAAUUAAUGUCCGUGUUAAUUCAUUUUUAAGGACUAAAGCGCCAGACAGGGUGCUUUAUAAUUAUUGUUCGAUAUCUAUUAUUCAGGUCUUGUCUAGUGUUUGUCAUUGAAGCAUCGUGGUGCGCACAACAUGACGGAAGAAUAGUUCGCUAGAUAAAAUCACUAAACAUGUUGACGUCUGUCGCCUGUUCGUGUUUGAGAAACGGGAGGAAAGUCUCGGUCCCGGUAGCUACGUGGUCCCUCUUUUCACCAGCUAAGACCUCGACCAGGACUCUGACUCUGACACACCGGUCACCGGGGCUCCUCACACCGACUCACCGGCAGCUGCUGUCCGCCAGAUCAGUGUCUCUAUCGGCCGCUUCACAUGGAGGUACAGACCCUCUGGACGACCCUUCAGACCCACCACCACCACCACCACACCGGGAGGACUUCGGCUCCUUCUCCGCCGACUUGUCCUCCAGGAGGUCGUUCAGGAAGACCAGCCCGUUCAUGCAGGACCUGAAGCACCGAGACGACGAGGAGGAAGAGCCGGUGAGAGGUCGCAGGAGGCCCGCGAGGACAAACACACCCUACUGGUACUUCUUACAGUGCAAGAAGCUCAUCAAAGACAACAAGCUGCAGGAGGCCCUGGAUGUGUUCAGCAGAGACAUGCUGCAGGGAGAGAGGCUGCAGCCGGAGGAGUUCAACUACACGGUGCUGAUAGGAGGCUGUGGUCGAGCUAGACAGAUGAAGAAGGCCUUCAGACUCUACAAUGAUAUGAAGAAGCGAGGUCUAGAUGCUACAGAUGCCACCUACACCGCGCUGUUCAAUGCCUGCGCUGAGUCGCCAUCCAAACAAGCCGGUCUCCAGCAAGCGUUGAAGUUGGAGCAAGAACUCCGUCGCAAAAACUACCCCCUCAGCACCAUCACGUACCACGCCCUCCUCAAGACACACGCCAUCGCCAACCACCUUCAAGCCUGUAUUCACACGCUCAGGGAGAUGCUGCAGAACGGCCAUGCUGUAACUCAGGAGACGUUUCACUACCUGCUGAUGGGCUGUUUGAAAGACAAACAAACUGGAUUCAGACUGUCUUUACAGGUUUGGCGCCAGAUGCUGAGGUCAGGGAUUCUUCCAGACUCAAAGAACUAUAACCUGCUCUUGCGAACUGCCAGGGAUUGUGGGAUUGGCGAUCCUGCCCUGGCCACUGGUGUGCUGCUGAGGCCCGACCGGCAGUACGAGAGGGAACGUGUGUCACAUGUGAAGUCAGAGUCUGGACGCAAGGAUCUAAUAGACAUUGACUUCCUGGAGAAGCAGUUGUUUCUCCAACCUGAUCCACUUGGUGACAGUCAGCAGGACAGCAGAAGCAGUGAAGAGGAGUCCUACAGCAGACAAGACUCAACCCAGUUGGUCCCAGUCAGACAAAGAGAAACCGCCUCACUGCCUGUUGACUUAGCAGCUGAUUCUACAGCCCCCAAUCUGCUGGACCUUUUUGAGGGUAAGCGGGGUGGAGUGGUCUCCCUCGGCACCGUGGAUGGAGCAUCAGAUAGGCUCGCACUCAUCGGAGGAGCUAAAGGAUUCCUGGAGAAGAUGGCAGCUAAAGGACUCAGUCCAGACCUCAGAACUUUGACACUGCUGGCCGACACGAUGGAGCCGGGAUAUCAGUCUCUGCAGAUGCUGCUGAGGGUCGCCAAGCAGCACAAAGUGAAGCUCGACCGCGCCUUCUUUAACACUGUGAUUCGCAGAGCUGCCAGAGCUGGUGACCUGGAGGAGGCAAAGGCUGUGUUGAGUGUAAUGCGACAGCGCCACGUAAGCGUGGAUAUACAGACAUUUGGAAGCCUUGCAUUAGGCUGUGAGCGACAACAGGACGGGCUGCAGCUGCUGAAAGACAUUGAGGAGGCGGGACUUAAGCCUAACGUCCAGGUGUUCUCUGCUCUAAUUGGCCGAGCAACUCGAAGACUGGACUACAUCUACCUUAAAACAAUGCUCAAAACCAUGAGCAGCAUGGGGGUGUGGCCUAAUGAGGUCAUCAUCAGACAGCUGGAGUUUGCCUCACAGUAUCCUCCCAACUAUAACCAGUACAAGUCUAGAAACAACUACCUGGUCCAAAUCGAUGGUUUCCGUGGUUACUACCAGCAGUGGCUAAAAGACAUGCCUGCUCAGAGCGCUGAGGACGUUCAGGCAGAGCUGCAGUCUGAGACGGAUGCUGAAGUGCUGAAAACAGAAGUUGCAGAUGGACUGACAGAGAACCAGAGGAACCAGAGAGCAGCUGCAAGGAGAUAUAACUCUGAUUACAAGGGCAAGACGAGCAUCGCUACUCUGUAACAGCACUCCUGAAAAUAUCUCUUCAUGUCUCUCAUUGAUCCUCUCUUGAUCUGUUUGCAUCCAGCUGUGUAACCCUGGAUGGACUUCAGGUCAAAGUUGUAGCUCAUGGACGUUCUGUCGGUUAACUUGUUGCAGAUGCAUUUUUCUCCUAAGAUCGACGUCACUGUAAUUUAUUUUGAAAUUAAAGUAAAUGUUAAGUUUGAGACAUUAAAUCUCA